GGAAGGUUUAAGGUGGACAGGGCACUUCAGUUUUAAACCUCAGCUGGAGCAAAUGCUGACUGACUGGGGGGGGGACUUGCAAGUAGAAUCAGCAACAGAUAUAUUCAGAAAACUGGAGAGAGCGGGGAGUGAUGGAAAAGUAUGUGCGGAGGAGGUAGACACCGGGGGAGGAGGUUUCGUUCCCCACACUUCCACUCAGUUUCUCAGGAUUUCCCUCCCUGGACGCUGCUGCUGCUGCUGCCGCUCUAAGUGCCUUCUCUGCAGGGCCAUACUCUUCCAUAUCUGGACCUGGAUUUGGACAAACAGUGAAGUGGACUGAAUCAGGCAGGACAAGAACGCUGAACCCAAAUUUAACUGUUUAUAAGUCUGUCCUGAAGGGUGUUUGGUGGCCCAAAGGAUUACCAACAGUUGUGAUAGAAAUAUAGCAGGAGAAGGCAGAAAAGGGGCUGAUUUAAAACAUCACAAGUCCCAUAAGUAAAUGCCUGAUCUUUUUUUUGUUUUUUGUUUUUGUUUACUUUUUUGGAUUAUUUGGACAGUACAGCCUUGUUCUACCGAGUUUCCACUUUGCACGAAAUUCAGCUUUUUUGUAUCUUGCCUGGCAGGUCUGUUUUACUGUUUUAGAAGAUUAUCUCAUCCUGAAUAUUGUUGAUAUGAAUAUCACCUCCUGCAGAUGCAGCUGAGACCAGAUAGUCAGAUUGUCUUCAGCUUGCAGAUAAAGAGUAUUUACAGUAUGUUCUAGAGCUGAGGUUUCAGAAAUUGCUCGCGUGGUUGGCGCACAUAAUGGGGUAAUUUAUUUAUAAUUGCCAGUGUUACUUUGCCAUUUAAUGGCAUGGAAGAUGAGGUUCUGUUCUCUGAUGACCUGUAUUUCAUAAGUUGGUUGCAUUCACCUGGACUUUCUACCAACUAAUGGGAGCAAAAUUGUGAAAAUGGACUCCCAGGCUGUACCGAAUACUUUGCUUUUCUCAAACAACAACUUCAUCUAAAACCAAGAUGUGACUUAUGGGUGUAAACUAUGACGUAGGGACUGAUAAUAUCUGUUUGGAUUAAGAGGAUGAGCAAUAUCUUCUGUCUUUGCCAGCCCAAGAUCCUCCAAGUGCUUGCAAGAGGAAAGUCUAGAAAGUGACUCUAAACAUCUCCUUUAAUGCACUGUAAUAAAUGGCUCAUGACACAACCACCGUUUUCCCUCAUGGUUCCAGAGAGGAAGGUUUUCCAUAUAUGUCGACUUCAACAUAUUUUCCAUUUCAGCAUCAGUGUUGACAUUAGAGCAGCGUCCAUCCAGCUCGCUGGCCUGGCUCUCAAGCUGUGUCCCGGGCCUGGAAACAAACCCAUGCUAUCACCCACCCCCCAGACUGAUUUCUGUCACAUCCCUUAUUCCUCUCUGUUGAAAAACACUUGUUGUUGACUAGCCUGGCCCAGCAUUACUCAGGCCGGCCCGAGCUUCCUUUCCUCUCUCCCUGAGACCAAGCCUUCCAGUGCAGGCUUUGUGUCCUGAGUGGGCUCCCCCUGUCCUGGAGUCAUGGGAAUUCAGGGCAUGGAGCUGUUUGCCAUCGGAGUGGUCAUCAUCCUUUUCAUGGCAGUUCUCAAGCAGUUUGGCAUCCUGGAGCCCAUGUCCACUUUUGAAGAUGACAGCAGCGACAGUGAUUUGGAGCUGUCAACGGUGCGUCACCAGCCGGAGGGGCUGGACCAGCUGCAGGCUCAGACCAAGUUCACCAGGAAGGAGCUUCAGUCUCUCUAUCGAGGGUUCAAGAAUGAGUGUCCCAGUGGGCUGGUUGAUGAGGAGACAUUCAAGUCCAUCUAUUCUCAGUUCUUUCCCCAAGGAGAUGCAACCACCUACGCUCACUUCCUGUUCAACGCAUUUGACAUAGACAGAAACGGUUCAAUCCGCUUUGAGGACUUUGUCGUCGGCCUGUCGGUGUUGCUCAGAGGUUCAGUCACUGAGAAGCUCAACUGGGCCUUUAACCUCUACGACAUUAAUAAGGAUGGCUACAUCACCAAAGAGGAGAUGCUGGCGAUUAUGAAGUCAAUCUAUGACAUGAUGGGGAGAUACACCUACCCCUGUGUGCGAGAUGAAGCCCCUUCCGAACAUGUGGACAAGUUCUUCCAGAAAAUGGACAAAAAUCGAGAUGGUGUAGUGACCAUUGAAGAGUUCAUUGAGACCUGUCAGAAGGACGAGAACAUCAUGAACUCAAUGCAGCUGUUUGAGAAUGUGAUAUAAGGAAUCAAGAUGUUCUCAGUUUCUUUCCUCCAUUAGCCCACGUGUGCAACUCGCACACAAGCACAGCACACCCAUGCACUUCAUCCACAACUCAAACUCCGUACUUCAACAUGACAUCCUGUCACAUAAUAUACUGUAGGUACUGUAAAGAAACAGGAACUACAAGUUUUUUUUCUAUUUCUCGCCACGCUCUUCUAGCUGUAUCUUGCAACUGCUUCUGGCUUAAAAGGACUGUUACAGACAGAAGAAAAGCUUCCUGGGUGAACUUUCUGUCUAUUCAGUGUGUGUUUUCAUGUCCUCAACGAGGCUCAACAACCACCAAGGAGUGAAGAGGCUUACAAUAAUCCACUGAACUGAGCACACAAGGACACUAGCUUUGACACCAAUAAACCUUGUUUGAAUCUCUGACACACACACACACACACGCACGCACGCACGCACGCACGCACGCACGCACACACACACACACACACACACUGUUUCUCUUUCAUACACAAUCAAUACACACAGACCUGCUCAAAAGUUUUUCAACCACUGGAUGAAGUGAGCAAAGAGCAGCACACAAAAAAAUAAUCGCAGCACACAAAAAACAGAAAUGAACUAAAGCAUGUUUGUCAUCAAAUAUGUGAUGUGGAGUUAGCUUGCACUACAAUUUUAUGACUAUGUAUUAUAUGCGCCAGAAAUAAAGGCACUGUAGAUACCUGCACCUGAUAAACCACUGAUGGAAACCAGUGUGUAUGUACUGUAUAUAUGUAUAGUGAAUAGUUAUAUAUCCUACGUUGUAUUAAGCUCCUCUGUACUGCAGUGGUUGAUGGAAUAGGGCCAGAACUGAAUAUUUGUUUAAGGAAUCUCUAUGUUAAUCAGUUAAACAUCAUGUUUAGUAACAGUUCUUCACAGAAUUCAAAUGGAUUAUUCAAAGAUUUCUCUUUUUUUGUAUUUUUGGAAGAUUGUGUUUAGCUGGUCAGAUUGGGACAAUGAGCCUGUACAGUACUGUGAAGAUACAAAUGGACUGUUAAAAGUGAGUUCUUUUAUGCUGAAUCAAGGUUUCUCAGUAUCUACGAGCAUGCUGACUCAAGUUGCCACGGUAUUAUGUACUGAGCGGUAGGAACUUUGUAAUGUCGG